AUGGCGAAGCCUACCCAUGGCUUCGAGUUUGAGAUCAACGGGCAGAAGUAUUCCCUCGAGACGGUGAAAAGUGAUAUUGAGAUCGAGACCUUUCCGCCCUGCCAGCUCUUUGGGGUGAUCCCGCAUCCUGUCGAUGUCCCGCUGAAAGAGGGAGAUGAAAUUCUGAACUUUACCAUCUGCCUUCUGGGUCUGGAAGGCGGUCGGAAAGUCAUUCCACGGCUCUCUGCCAAGGACUUUCUGGGAAAGCUUGAUACCUCUUAUGCUGGAGGCACAUCGGCUGAUGGCGAGGUCCAUGAGGUUUGGGCGGACUGGGAAAAGAGCGGAAGAAGCAGCAUCCGCAUUACUGGCUUCGAUAUCAAUGCUCGUGAG